AUGCCGUUCGGUUCAUCCGUUGAAGGCGCAGCGCCCCCAGACGGCGACAGCGUCUGGCGCGGAUCGGCAGAAACGGAGAAUAAUGGCGCGUUUGUCGUUGGCAGCGGCAAGACGCAGGGGGGAGCUCACGACUCGGUCGAGGUGGACGUGGGAAAGAUCAGUCCACUCAGUACAAAGGAUUCAUCCUACCAAUCGCUCGUGGGGAAAGGGGGGCCUGCCAGCGAUGGCGUCGAAGCGGGCGAUGUAGGUGAUGGACGCGGUGUAUGUACAGAGCACGCUGAGAGGGAGGGACGGGAAGAACAGCCAGGGGAAGACGCAGGCACCGCGAAACUGCGAAUCAUCCAUUUUAACGAUGUCUACAAUGUCUUCCCCAUGCCUGGGGGCCUUGGCGGCGGCGCAGCGUCCUUCUAUACUGGGGUCCGCGAGAAGGGCGGCUCCGACUGCCUUCUCCUUUUCAGUGGGGAUAUCUUUAGUCCUGCGAGUUUGUCUGAAGCAUCAAAGGGACGACAGAUGGCCGAGUUGCUCAAUUACCUGGACGUGCAUACGUCGUGCUAUGGGAACCACGACUUGGACUUUGGCUGGGAGUGGCUAGAACUCCUCGCGGGAACGACGAAAUGCAAGUGGGUGAUGAGCAAUGCGAGAUCGAAGAGUGGGGGCGGAAUUCUCGCGAACGCCCAAAGAUACCGAAUUUUCGAGUGGGGCACGACACAGCGCGUCGUCGUCGGGGUCAUGGCGCUCAUCGAAGAGGACUGGAUAGAUACACUCAACGUUCCAGAUCAGAACGAGAUCUUGUACCAAGAUUUUGUCGAAGCGGGGCGGGAAAUGGUGGAAUUGUUCAGGCGGCGGGGGUGCGACUUGGUGAUUGCGUUGACUCAUAUGAGGUGGAAUAACGACGAAAAACUCGCGCGAGAAGUUGACGGGAUUGAUCUCAUUCUCGGUGGCCAUGACCACGCCUAUGAGACAAAGCUGGUCAACGGCAAAGCUGUGAUAAAGAGCGGCUCGGACUUUCGAGAAUUCUCUUCAAUCACCCUGACUUCCAAGCUGCAUAUUCGCGAGCAAGGCACGUCUCACCCGACGGGGUUCUCUGCGGAUCGCCGGCCGCCGUCGCCUCGACUGGACGAGUGCGCAGCCAAACGCAAGCGUCUCGCGUGCUCUGUCUCGAAUGACGGGGGAAUGGCUGUCGAUGGGGCAUCCGCAGGAAAGCAGGGGGGCUGUGGGGAACCGACUGUUGACUCCGGUUGUUGCUCCAUGACUGGUCAUGGGAGGAACAAAAACGAUGUCAUUGACGGAAUUCAUACGCAGGAAACGCAGCCCGCGAAAGUAUGGAGCAGUGGUCGCUGGUGGGUAUCCUGCGAAAAAGUCUGUGUCACGGCGGACCGGUUUCCGGCUGAUGACGGCGUCAUGGAAAUGCUGAUUCGGUAUCAGACCACGUACCGCAACACACAAGGAGGCGUCAUUGGCGCUUUCCCCGUUAUGCUCGAAACACGUUUCUGCGAGGUCCGAACCCGCGAAUGUAACAGCGGCAGCUGGGUUGCAGACCUCAUGCGAGAGUAUUACGGCGCAGAUAUCGCUCUCUACAACUCGGGCGGCAUCCGAUCCGACUGCGUCUUUGCCGAAGGGGAGGUCGUGACUGACGAGACGCUCCACGCUCUCUUCUCCGGGAUACGCAAAUUGUGCGUCAUCGGGGUUCGAGGGAAUCUUCUCAAGUCGAUAUUGGAGACCAGCGUGAGUCGCUGGCCGCAGUUGGAAGGCCGGUUUUUGCAUAUCUCCGGUCUGCGUUUCGUGUUUGACGGUUAUGCGAGCGUCGACAAGCGCGUCGUAGAGGACCAAAUCAAGAUUCUCAGUCGGGAGACAGGCGAAUGGGGGCCCGUCGAUCAAGAUAAGGUUUACUCUGUCGCGACAGCCACAUUCCUGGCGUGUGGGGGGGAUGGCCUCUCCAUGUUGGUGGACUGCCCUACCCUUCCGUCGCCGGGGCGAGAUAUUCGAGAUCUGUCUGUGCUGGCGCGCCUCUGGUUUUGUAGACAACACGGGAAGUCCGGCUUCGAAGACGUCGAAGAAGUGCCCCCACACGAGUGUGAAUGGAUCGACCGUGUGCAUAUGAGGGACGAAAACCACCCUGAUUGGCGAAUCCGAAGACUGUAG